AUGACGCAAGAGCAUCAUGUUCCUACUCGCGUCUACACUCCAAAAGUUCCCUACCAAGUCUCUGCUAAGAAAUCACGCAAGGAUUGCGAAGAUAUGAAAUGCAAAAAGAUGCUAGAGGAGUUGAACGUCAAGCUAUCUCUCAUGGACGCAAUUCAGAUGAUUCCUUCAAUGUGCAGUCUUGUGAAGGGGCUGAUCUCUGGGAAGACUUCUGCAGACAGCAAUAUCAUGAUGGUUUCAAACGAAUGCAGCGCAGUCCUUCAAAACAGAACAGUCAGGAAACUAGAAGAUCCUGGAAAAUUUGUCCUCUCGGUUCAGAUUAGAAAAACAGUUUUCGCAUGUUCCUUAUGUGAUUUAGGUUCCAGUGUAAAUCUCAUGCCCUACUCAGUUGCAAAAUGUAUGGGACUAACCAACUUCAAGCCAACCAGGAUCUCGUUGGUCUUCGCGGACAGAUCAGUCAAGUUGCCAGUAGGUGUUCUCGAAGACCUGCAAGUGCAAAUUGGCAACACCACUGUUCCGGCGGAUUUCGUGGUUCUGGAGCUCGAAGAUGAACCGAAAGACCCUCUCAUUCUGGGCCGACCCUUCUUAUGCACAGCUGGUGCAAUCAUUGAUUUGCGUAAUGGGAGGAUCGAUCUCCAACUAGGAGAUAUUGUGAUGAAGUUUGAGAUGGACGAGUUGCUCAAACGACCUAUGUUAGAUGGUCAGAACUUCACGAUUGACGAAGAGAAUGCCGCCUUGACCCCUCAACAAGGGAUGAUUGAAGAAUCCUAG